AUGAGUGGAAUUUUCUUUACAACAGUUGAAUUAGCAGUUGAUCAUACUCCAGCUUUCAUGCCGAAGGCGAGAAAGGAAAUUGUUCAGGCCAAUCGUAUUAAAGCAACAAUUCUUAAACCAUCUACGAAACAUUCUCGAACGACGAUAUCUUUUAAAAAUGGAAAGAAAUUAAUUCCAGGAUAUGUGCCCAUACCAAAUUCUAUUCCUUUACAAUUGGCUUUCAAUAUUGAUCUUUUAACAAAGGCAAAAAGCUUGAAAAUGCCAAAAACGAAACAGUUCAUCCAGUCAAAUUUUGAUUAUAAAAAAUCAAGAGUCACUAAUGCUUUUUCAUAUGGACAACAAUACAAUUAUAGGAAUAAGUCGAGGAUGAAGGAAAUUGAAGACAGCAAUAAUAUCGCAUUCAGCAUAUCAAAUGAUAAUCAUAGAUCACAAACUGGAAUAAAUCACCUCAGUUUUCAGCCUCACAAGUGA